GGGGGCGGGGCCUGCGGGGCCUCCUCCCGGCCCGCUAGGUGGGGGGCGCCCGCUGGCCGCCGCCGGAUAAAAGGGCCCCGGGCUCCCCAGGAGGCGGCUUACCGCUGCUUGGCCUCAGCAACCCGGUCCCAGCCCCCGACCGCCUGCGCUCCAGCUGGUGCCUGAGCUCCAGUUGCCCUUGAAGUCGCCAUGAUGUGGUCCCCACCAGCCACCCUCUUCCUGCUCCUGCUGCUGGGCCAGGCCCCUCCCAGCAGGCCACAGUCACUGGUCGCCAUGAAGCUACGGCUGGUGGGCCCAGAGGGCAGGCCAGCGGAGGGCCGCCUGGAGGUGCUGCACCAGGGCCAGUGGGGCAGCGUGUGUGAUGACAACUUCGCUCUCCAGGAGGCCACAGUGGCCUGCCGCCAACUGGGCUUUGAGUCUGCCUUGACCUGGGCCCACAGUGCCAAGUAUGGCCCAGGGAAAGGACCAAUCUGGCUGGACAAUGUGCGCUGUGUGGGCACAGAGAGCUCCCUGGACCAGUGCGGGUCUAAUGGCUGGGGCGUCAGUGACUGCAGCCACUCGGAGGACGUUGGGGUAGUGUGCCAUCCCCAGCGCCAGCGAGGCUAUCUUUCUGAAAAGGUCUCCAAUGCCCUCGGGCCGCAGGGCCAGCGGCUGGAGGAGGUGCGGCUCAAGCCCAUCCUUGCCAGUGCCAAACGACGUAGCCCCAUCACCGAGGGAGCCUUGGAGGUGAGGUACGAGGGCCACUGGCGGCAGGUGUGUGACCAGGGCUGGACCAGGAACAACAGCAGGGUGGUGUGCGGGAUGCUGGGCUUCCCCAGUGACGCGCCUGUCGACAGCCACUACUACAGGAAAGUCUGGAAUUCGAAGAUGAAGGACCCCACGUCCAGGCUGCAGAGCCUGACAAAGAAGAAUUCCUUCUGGAUCCAUCGGGUCAACUGCCUGGGGACAGAGCCCCACAUGGCCAACUGCCAGGUGCAGGUGGCACCAGCAAAGGGCAAGCUGCAGCCAGCCUGCCCAGGUGGCAUGCACGCUGUGGUCAGCUGUGUAGCAGGGCCCCGCUUCCGCCCUCUGAAGGCAAAGCCCAGGCGCAAGGAGGCCCAGGCAGAGGAGACGAGGGUGCGCCUCCGCUCUGGGGCCCAGGUGGGCGAGGGCCGGGUGGAAGUGCUCAUGAACCGCCAGUGGGGUACAGUCUGUGACCAUGGGUGGAACCUCAUCUCCGCCAGUGUUGUGUGUCGUGAGCUUGGCUUCGGCUCUGCUCGAGAGGUCCUCUUUGGGGCACGGCUGGGCCAAGGGCUGGGGCCCAUCCACCUGAGUGAGGUGCGCUGCAGAGGAUAUGAACGAACCUUAAGUGACUGCCCCUCCCUGGAAGGGUCCAAGAAUGGUUGCCAACAUGAGAAUGAUGCUGCUGUCAGGUGCAACAUCCCUAACAUGGGCUUCCAGAAUCAGGUGCGCUUGGCUGGUGGGCGCAGCCCUGCAGAGGGUGUGGUGGAGGUGCAGGUGGAGGUGAACGGGGUCCGACGCUGGGGGUCCGUGUGCAGUGACCACUGGGGGCUCACUGAAGCCAUGGUGGCCUGCCGACAGCUUGGCCUGGGUUUUGCCAACCACGCCAUCAAGGACACCUGGUACUGGCAGGGGACGCCAGGGGCCGGAGAAGUGGUGAUGAGUGGGGUGCGCUGCUCAGGCACAGAGCUGGCCCUGCAGCAGUGUCAAAGGCAUGGGCCGGUGCACUGCUCCCAUGGCACAGGGCGCUUCUCAGCCGGAGUCUCCUGCACAGACAGUGCUCCAGACCUCGUGAUGAACGCCCAACUAGUGCAGGAGACAGCCUACUUGGAGGACCGCCCGCUCAGCCUACUGUACUGUGCGCACGAGGAGAACUGCCUCUCCCAGUCCGCUGACCGCAUGGAGUGGCCCUACGGACACCGGCGCCUGUUGCGCUUCUCCUCACAGAUCCACAACCUGGGCCGGGCUGACUUUCGUCCCAAGACAGGACGCCAUGGCUGGAUUUGGCACCAGUGCCACAGGCACUACCACAGCAUUGAGGUCUUCACCCACUAUGACCUACUCACUCUUAAUGGCUCCAAGGUGGCUGAAGGGCACAAGGCCAGCUUCUGUCUAGAGGACACAAACUGCCCCACAGGACUGCAGCGGCGCUAUGCGUGUGCCAACUUUGGGGAACAGGGAGUGACAGUUGGCUGCUGGGACACCUACCGACAUGACAUUGAUUGCCAGUGGGUGGACAUCACAGACGUGGGCCCUGGGGAUUAUAUCUUCCAGGUAGUUGUGAACCCCAAAAACGAGGUGGCAGAGUCCGAUUUCUCCAACAACAUGAUGCGGUGCCGCUGCAAGUAUGAUGGGCAACGAGUCUGGCUGCACAACUGCCACACAGGAGAUUCAUACCGAGCCAAUGCAGAGCUCUUCCUGGAGCAGGAGCAGCGCCUCAGGAACAACCUCAUCUGAAGCCAUCACUGCACACUCCCAGCUGCUGCCCACACACCAGAUACCUCAGCUUAUUGGAGCCAUGCCCUUCACAGAGCCCUAGCUCAGAGGGAAAGGGGCCAGUGCCAAAGGGCACCAAGAACCUGCUCAGGAAGCCUUUUGAUGGCAAUUCACCAAACCAGGAUGGUACUGCUCCCUCAGGAUGGCUCUGGACCUGUCCCCUCAAGGUCUUUGGUCUAUGGACUGUGGCCUCCAGGCUUUGCUCAACUGAGCUCCUCUUCCAUAAGGAGACCCAGUCUUUCCUGGAUCUUGCCCCAGAGUUCCUGGUUCAGGAGCAAUCAGCUCCUUAGGGAUGGACUGUGGCCCAGUCCCCCAUUUAAAUGGUGCUUUGCAAAUGUCUUGGAGGAGUAGAAGACAAAAGACCAAAAUACACAGGCGGUGGGGUUAGCUCCCUGCAAGGAGCUCAAAGCAAUACAACUUGUGUCAAAGUCGCAACUGACAGAGAAGUUGGUGAAUUCAGUACCUUGCUUGAUCUGUCCUCAUUUAGAACUCACCUGUCAUACUCUCUAAGAGUCUGUUCUUUAAUUCCCUUACCUUUAUCCUACCACACAUAUGGGUGUUUCUAAUAUCCAUGGAAGCUUAGGCCUCAGGCAUCCCCUUAUGUCCUGAUGGGCCAAUACCACCAGUUACUGAGUGCUUGAGAAGGGGCAAGAUUCACAGAAGUGGCCAGAUGGGCCUUCCUGCAGAGCAGCAAGAGAAGGCCAAGCAGAAAGACUGCUGGGGUAAUAUGGACUCCAGCCCCUGCUAGGGCCUCUGCCAAGGAAAAAUACAUGCCAUGUACCUGGCAGGCAAUCCAGUCUCCCUCAAUAUCACUGUGCUUCUCAGGACUGGCCUAAAUUUCAGGUCUCAACCAAGUUUCUGGAGUGAACUUUGCAGUAAAUAAGUUUUUGCAAUGGAAAGAACAUCGGUCAAACAAGCCACUCAUGUCUGUAGGAAUAAGACAGGUCUGGUAGAGUGGAGGACAGGAGACUAGGGAUAAGUCAGAGGGGGACAUUUCAUUUAGUUAAGGACUAAACCUAGGAAAGUCCCCCUCCCUGCUUGAUGUGGCUGUGAUAUGCUCUUACUCAUACUAAAAUCCCAUGAUCUUCUUGGACAUGAUUCUUAAUUUUUAUUCCACUUAGACAACUUAAAAGAUGAUCCUUACAGGUCUGACAUCCUAAUGCCAAUAAAGGUUGCUCACUAUGGACUGCUACAAAGAUAAGACCAGCUAUGAUUCUUUGCAGUUCCCAGCACAGUAGCUCUACCCCUUGGCCCACCCGCUGAGCUGGUGGCUAGGAUGUGUGGGGCCCACAUAGUACUCACAACAGCCCCCUACAUUUCUCUGAUCAGAUAGCAGCCUUCGGUCUGCUUCCCAAUUCCCUCCCCAGGCUCAAUGCUGAAACAUGGGUUGGACUUAACCUUUCCAAUGAAAGGCAGGAGGCAAGCAGGUGAAGUCCAAGGAUUGUAAACGUUUAUAACUGAGGCUGCAAAGCCAAAAGGAAGGGUAGCAGAUGGGGCCGAUUUACAAAAGUACUCCCCUCCCACAUCACAACAGCUACCCCCUCCAUAGGAAGUCAGAAGCUCUGGGGUAUCCUCUAAGAACACAAAGAAGUGCUUUCUUCCUUCUCCUCUACCUUCUCUCUUCUCAACUCCUUCAUCUCCUUCAUUAGGCAGAGGGAGCAUUAUAUUUUGGCAUGGCAGUUUAGGUAAACAAGGGAAGGACUGAUUUCCUGUUGGAUCUAGCAAACAUCUCCCAAACAGUAACAACAUUAUACUCGCACAUGCAGCUAAUGGUCUGUGAAAGAAUGUGCAGCGUGUGGUGACUGAUGACUAGAUUCAGGCAGGAAGGCUACCCACAGCUUCUUGCUGGAUCCAGUUUCCAAGAGGGCCAGAAAAAAGCAGGCCAGGCAGCCAGCCACCAGCUCUGGUCUCAGCCUUGCUGCCCACAUCACAAGUUUGAUAGGUGCAGCCAGUUCUAAUUCUUGGAAAAAACUACACAAGGGUAGUGCUGUUACACGUCUGAGUUGAAAGGGAAGGACAUGGGAAGACUGGUGGCUGGCAUGACUUGUAACUAGAUGAGGAAUGUUAACAGAAUACCAACCACCAAAUUCCAGACAGAACCAAAAAUGUGAGAAGAUUUUUCACCUCGGCAUACUUUAGUCUCAGAGAAACUAAAGUGCUGGGAACCUCAACUUACUAGGCAGAAGCCUAAGGUAUUUCUAUUCCACAAAGACCUUCACUCUACAGGGAGCAUAUCAGAAUUGAAGGGGAGUGUACCUUUCUACUAUAAAGUCCAGGUGCUCCUAGGAUUCAGACAUGUAUGCACAGCAGAGUGCGUUAACUGUCUUCUCGAAUACCUGACAAAGGAGUCAGCUGCAGCUACAAGGUGCUCUCCAGUUAACUCAGCUUAUGAAGGCAUGGCUUAGAUAUGGCCAAGGAUUUGACUCCCAUCUGGGCAAGCUCAAUGUAGUCCGUGCUGGGCCACGGCAGGCCAUCUUACCUCCAGCCAGUACACAUCAAUUCUAACCACCAGAAAAAUCUAACUCAAAAGCAUAUUUUCUACUAACCGUAGAUGAAGCAGCACUCCACAGAUUUCAGUAUUGGCUAAAAAAAUCCCUUCUCUGGGUCUGGUUAUAAGGAUAAGACUGAAAGUUAGAGGUGGCUGACUGUUAGCUGAAAAAAAGCCUAAGCUACUAGCCACUUAGUACACAGCAUUAGAUUGAGAACACAAGUAACUUCCAGAAAUUACGAGGACUACAAAAAAAGCUGAGUAAUAAACCUGGGGCUGUAUGUUACCAUUAACAAUGCCUUUAAAAGUUAAAAUGCUGUCAGAAGGGGGAAACACCCUCAAAGGCAAGUAAUAGGGGCAAUCAUCUCUUUUUUACUGCCCAAGGUCAUUCUCAGCCUUGAAGCAGCAAAACAGAGCAACGGUGUGCCUCCGAGGUCUACCACUCAGAAUGAAGCCUGGCUCCGGCUCCCUGCAUUUCCUUUCAAAUGCAGCUGUACAGUUCAAACAGACCUGCCCAUCUUAGAGAAGUCUGCUCUCUGAAGACAGACAGCACAAUCCCGCAGCUAGCAGCCAAAGAGAAGGGCACUGGCCUAAGUAAUCUGGGACCGAAGGUCAGGAGAAGGACGUAUUUAAUCCCUCAAACAUGGAAUGGAGGCGCUGAACACGAACAAGGGACACUUUCAGAACCGACCAAGAAUGAGAAGACAAUGCUGAGGAACUGCUGGAGGGCUCUCAGACCAGAAUAGCAGCAGGGACAGUUGGGUCAGGACAAAGACCCAAGGCCAGUGUCAUCUGAGGAACGUGUGAACAGAGGCCCACUCCACCACGGUCUAGGCGAUGCUAAUAAUCCAUCAUUGUCAUGGGCACUAAAUUACACAAAAAAGAGGCUACUGCCCAUGGUGAAAGUACAAUGAGACACUAUUUCUUGCUACUUCAGCAUCUAAGUUCUGGCAUUACCGUUUCUUCAGUGUAGAACUACUUUCCAAAAGCACUGAGAAUACACAUAUGAGAUGGAUAAAGCCUGA